CACAUGUAAAGGAAUUACUUAUUAUAAUGUUUCAUUCUGAUAUAGCUGAUUCUAGAUUGAAAAUGAAUGCUAAUAAAAUGUAUGAAGAACUUUUGAAAAGAGUAAUAGAUAGAGAAAUUUCUAAAGAAGGUAUAUCAAAAGUUUUUACAAUUGCAAAUUAG